CCCCCCCCCCCCCCCCCCCCCCCCCCCCCCCCCCCCCCCCCCCCCCCCCCCCCCCCCCCCCCCCCCCCCCCCCCCCCCCCCCCCCCCCCCCCCCCCCCCCCCCCCCCCCCCCCCCCCCCCCCCCUGUACUUCAGGUUUCCUUUCUGUUCAGCCAUCGGAUUUUGGAAGACACCUAAACCGUAGGACGAAUCGUAGAACAAUCGCUUAUCAUUUAGCUUUUAUUUGCCUCAAAUUUUGUCUUGAAUCGUCUGUUAUUGAAUGCUUAUUUAGGGUCAUAUCUAUUCAAUACUUUUAAUUAUCAAACCGCAGUGAUGUUUUCUUAUCUAAAAACCAUUUACUAUCGCAUCCAUAUUACCAGAUCGUGUAUAGAUCACAGCAUGUGUAUCAAAUGCAUUAAAUAAUGUUCAUAUUUCUAAAUCUCAUUGUCCAUAGAACACAUCACGUUUAUCCCAAGAACCGACAAGUCUUCCUAGAGUGCACAAAAUAAAAUAUGUACCACUACUUGGUACUGUAAGCUUGUAAAAUCAGUAUUAUAUUAUCAGGCGUAUAACAUAGUUAUCACGAACAGUUAAUGGUAAAUGACCGAAUAUGUAACUUUCAAUUUUCGCAAACAUUAUCACCACGUUGAAAAAGCAAACAUAUUUCUCCAGAAGAAUGUUAUUUUAAUUGUUUAUUAUUGUGUUUCUAUUCAUCGUCUCAGUAUGAUAGAUUCAUAUUUUCAUAGAUUUCCAAUAAAAGUUUACUAACACUACUAACCACUAACGUCGCCGUUCAAGGACUAGAGACCUUCUAAACACUCAUUGAAUUGCUCUAAAUUAUGUUUCGUACUGUUCAACGUAUGUUGGACAGUGUCAAAUGGCUAUUCCUACCGCCUCUAAGCAUGGAGAUGUCAAUAGUUCUUGCUGACACCUCAUCUAGAUGUUAAUAGCCCUUCAUGCCACUACGUGUCAAUAGUCAUUGUUGACACCCUUUAGUGGUGUCAGUAGUUCUUCCUACCACUUCCAGUAGGUGUCAAUAGCCCUUAGUGCCGUCACUCGGUGGUGUCGAUAGCUCUUCUUGCCACCAUUUAGUGGUGUCAACAGCCGUUGUUAACACCACCGGUGGUGUCAAUAGCCAUUCCUUUUUUUUCAAUAGUUAUCUUUGAUCCGUUUUUGGUAAAUCCAAUUGUCUAUUAUGGUCUUUCAGGAAUGGAAAUUAGAUACAUUAUUUGAUCUUUAUGAUACACUAGCAAUAGCACAAGUAAUAAUAUUUUGUAAUACUCGGCAAAAAACCGAAUGGCUACGAGAAAAAAUGAAUGAUCGUGGAUUUCCCGCAUCACUAAUAGAAUUUCGAAUGGGUACAACACGCGUAUUAGUAAUCACAGGUUUACCGUCGUGUAAUAUCGGCGUACGACAAUUACCUUUAAUAAUUAAUUAUGAAUUGCCUUCUGAUAAUGAAAGUUAUGUUCAACGUGUUGGUCGCAGGGGACGAUUUGGACGUAAAGGUGUUAUAAUUAAUUUUGCCACAAAGGAAGAAUAUAAGACUUAA